GAACAUGUGUGUAUAACCUGUCAGCACGUGUAAGGACCACGUAGUGGAGUACAUACAAUAGAUUUGUGAUGGAAGAACACGAAAGGGCUUAAAAAAUAUAUAUAUUUUAAGUAUAUCGAAGAUUAAAGAAAAUACGGUAGAUUUUAUUAUAUCACAAUGAGCACAAUAUUGGAAAAGAUUGCUUCGAUCGAAGCCGAGAUGGCUCGUACUCAAAAAAAUAAAGCCACCUCAGGUCAUUUAGGUUUACUAAAAGCUAAAUUGGCCAAAUUGAGACGAGAACUUAUUACACCUAAAGGUGGUGGAGGUGGUGGUGAACAGGGUUUCGAAGUAGCCAAAACUGGUGAUGCCAGAAUAGGUUUUGUCGGUUUUCCUUCUGUGGGUAAAUCUACAUUGUUGAGUACGCUUGCUGGUGUAUAUUCUGAAGUGGCUGCUUACGAAUUCACAACUCUUACAACUGUACCAGGUUGUAUAAAAUACAAAGGGGCAAAGAUACAGUUACUUGACCUUCCUGGUAUUAUCGAAGGUGCAAAAGAUGGUAAAGGUCGCGGAAGACAAGUUAUUGCAGUUGCUAGAACUUGUAGCUUAAUUUUCAUUGUUUUGGAUGUACUGAAACCACUUGGACACAAGAGAUUAAUUGAACACGAAUUGGAAGGUUUCGGAUUGCGAUUAAAUAAACAGCCGCCGAAUAUUACUUUCCGUAAAAAAGAUAAAGGAGGCAUAAAUUUCCAGACUACGUGCGCACAAUCGGAGCUUGACUUAGAAACAGUGAAGAGCAUUUUGUCAGAGUACAGAAUUCAUAAUGCCGACAUCACUUUGCGAUACGACGCUACUUCCGACGAUUUAAUCGAUGUCAUUGAAGGCAAUCGCGUCUACGUACCGUGUAUUUAUUUACUCAACAAAAUAGAUCAAAUCAGUAUCGAGGAGCUCGAUAUUAUUUAUAAAAUACCGCACUGUGUACCUAUUUCUGCUCAUCAUAAAUGGAACUUUGACGAUUUGCUUGAAAAAAUGUGGGAAUACUUGCAGUUGGUUAGAAUUUACACCAAACCUAAAGGCCAACUUCCGGAUUAUAAUUCUCCGGUGGUGCUAAAUCGCGAAAGGAGAACCGUGGAAGAUUUUUGUAACAAACUUCAUCGAUCUAUCGCGAAGGAAUUCAAAUAUGCUCUUGUGUGGGGAUCGUCGGUGAAACACCAGCCUCAGAAGGUAGGAAAAGAUCACGUAUUGUGCGACGAGGAUGUUGUACAGAUCGUGAAGAAGGUUUAAUUUCAUUAAAAUUGCGGUACAUAAUCGUAUUUUUAAAUAGAUGUAUUUUCGCUUCUUACAAGAUCAUGUAAUACUUUUAUUUCGAUGUAAUAUAAGGUAUGGUGAAAUUUAGAAAAUGGACGUGUAAAAAGAAAGAAAAGUAAUCACUUUGCCGUGUAUUCGAGAAAUAUAUGUUAGAAAUCGUUGGAGAUUAGUUUUUUUACCGAAUAAAUGUGCACAAUACUAUUA